GAUUAUAUUUUAGUUUCACAAAAGAUGGCGGAGCGAACGCCUGGUGGCUCUCAGAAAGCUAGCGCUAAGGUGAAUUUACACUUUAAAUUACCACGACCUUUUACUUAACUGUAGCUAGUCAAACAAUGUAAACGGUAGUAUUCCUGAACAACUUUGACUGUUUAUGUAUUUCUAGCGUGCAGAAGUGACGAAUGUGCGCAACGGUGAUAGCUAACUUCCAACGCGCUAAAGCUAGCCGUCGGCUCUUCGAGCACACAAGCUAAUGAUGCUAAGCUAACGCGGAGCUUGUUUAGUCAGGACUGCUGACCCAUAACACAGUGUUUUCCGGGGAGUUAAGCAGGUGAUACCGCUGUUAUAGUCAUCGUGGAGAUGUUUUCAGAUGUUGGUUUGAGUGUAAAAGAGUUAACUUGUCGGGUUGGAAGUCGGGCCUGAUCAUGUUUCAGACAGACGCCUCUGAACUUCAUGCUCUCAGUCGGUGGCGCUGCAGCAGAGUCCAGCUCAGGAAGGCCUCUGGCUAAUUUUGCUUAGUUGUUGCAACUUGACAGUGCAAAAAAGUAGAAAAUAAGUAAAAUGCAAACCAAUAAGGACCAUCGGUGAUCAGAGCAGUAAUGUAUAAGCGCGGCUGCACUCAGCUCACAGUUUAAUAUUGUUUCAGUGUCAGUAACGUCAGCGUAGCUCUACUGUCAACAAUAUCCUUCAUCUGAAUAUUAAGUGUGUGUGUUUUGUGUACAUGUACAGGCGCUGCUUGAGAGCAAACUAAAGUCGUUCAGCAUUGGGAAAAUGGCAGUGGCAAAGAGGACCCUGAGCAAGAAGGAGCAGGAUGAAAUCAAGAAAAAGGUUCGUAGCUGUCUCCUUUUCUCUGUCUUACUGCAUGUUCUGUGGUCGUUUCUUUACUUUGAUAAAAGUGUCUCUGAACAGGAGGAUGAACGGGCAGCAGCGGAGAUUUACGAGGAGUUUCUUGCUGCUUUUGAAGGAGGAGAGGGCAAAGUCAAGGCUUUUGUCCGGGGCGGCAUUGCAAAUGCAACUAAAGGUAUAGUCGGUUUAAAUCAUUCAUUAUCCAUUACUAAAUGGAUUGCAUGGAGUUUUUAGACAUAUGAGUCCCUUCUUCACAAAUUUUAAUCUAAAUUGGUGUGUAAAAUGUCUUGAUUUGAUGUGCUCUUUUACUGAGCCGUUUAGAAAUGUUGUUUUCAAACAUAUCAGUCUUAUUUUCAAACCUUGUAAAGCACUUUUUAAUGUGGGAUUUGAAAAGUGCCCCAUGGAUAAAAGGUAUUUUUUAAAAGAUAUGCACAAUAUCGUAUCAGUAAUAUUAGUAUCUGCAGAUAAAAGCGUAAAAGGUGUUUUAUUUGUAGAUCCAAAAUGUUCAGCCAAUAAAGUGAUCCAUUAGUUACGCGCCUGCGAUGACAUGCUACAUGCAUGCAGGUAUUUUGGACUGCCAGUACCACUGUAUUACUAAAUAUCUGUAUCAGAACAGAAGUACCCGAUCAUUCAAGUUAAAGAAAAUGUUGUUUAUCUUGCCACAUCUCUGUUGUGAAAUUAAUUGACUGUUUCAGUAAGGGUGAUAUGUAAAUUCCUAGCAGAGAAUUUAGGAGAGGAGAGACUUGGUGUUGUUUACAUUUAUAAAAAUAAAAGCAUAUAUCGUAUAUAUCGUCAGUUUUUGCUGAAGUGCAUUUGAAAAUAUAUCAGUUAGAAUCUGAUAUUGUGCAUCCUUUAGUAAUUUUAUGCUGGUGUUGUAAGCAGAGUUCAGGGCUUCAACAAAUCCACCUCUUGUAAAAAUAAAAUGUUAUUGUGAAGUUUCCGUAUUUUUCGCACUAUAAGGUGCACUUAAAAUCCUUUUGGCUUGUCGGAGCACUGCAGCUACCGUAGCCUCACAGAGUUAUUGACUGUUUAGUUUAGCUUAAUGCGCUUUAUAAUCCGGUGUGCCUUAUGUAUGAAAAUAGACACAAAUAGAUGCAUUCAUUGAUGGUGCACCUUAUAAUCAGGUGUGCUUUAUCGUGUGAAAAAUACAGUACUUAAGUCAGACAUUGUCUCUCUCCUCUCUCUUUUCAGAGGAGGCAGCUGCUGAUGAGAAAAGAGGAAAGUUGUAUAAGCCCAAAUCCCGUUUUGAGACUCAAACAAAAAGCAUCUUGCCUUUGGAAACCCCACCACAGUUUUUAGCGUUAGACAAAAGACACGUAAGUACAAUCACAAUGAAAGAGCAGCUCUCCCUGUUCCUCAUAUAGUUCAUUUCUUUAAUUUCACUGUGUUGAUGUGUUUCCACUCCUUUGUUUCAGUCAUUGAAGAAAACUACAGAGAAAGAAAAGAAGAAGAGCAACUUGGAGCUUUUCAAAGAAGAGCUGAAACAGUACGCUUGGACUUUGAAAUCUCUACAAAAUUUUGAUUGAUGUAAUCCCAAUGGCUUCAAUAUGCUAGGGUUUGAUAUGGCAUGGUCUUUAAAGUAAUGCUUGGUACCAUGUGCUGUGUCCCGCAGAAUCCAGGAGGAAAGGGAUGAGAGGCACAGGAUGAAAGGACGCGUUAGCCGUUUCGAACCUCUCUCAGGCAGCGAAGGAAGACGUUCGUGUGAGUGUUUUUUUUAGCUGCAAGGCUGUGUUCUGUGUACUAACAUGGCCGGAAAUGGCCCUGUCCUGCACGCCUUACACCCCCCCACCCUCACCCCCCUUUGUCUUCUUUUUCCCUGAAACAAAAUUUAUACUGCUUCUCUGCUUCUUUUAGCGGAUGGUUCUUCAAGAAGAAACCGUCCGUCCAGUGGUAAUUUCGACUUAAUAUAGUGGCUGUGAAUUAUCUUCAUCUUGCUAAGAAAGUGGGUUGUCCUUUCAGACAGCAGUCGAAAACUCUCGUCUCUUCUCUGUCUCUACAGUUUUGGAUGACUGUGCACCGGGGUCCCAUGACGUCGGAGAUCCAUCCACCACUAACUUGUAUCUUGGAAACAUCAACCCACAGGUGAAUUUGUUUCCCAACAUGUACAAAAGUGGAGAAGAGUCACCAGCUGACGGAGCUUUGCUGUGCUAAGGGCUCUGUGAUAUUAAACAUGGGCAGCUUGUGCUCUUAAAUUUAAAUAUUUACCCAUAGUCCUCUGAAAUGAAUUUUUAUUUCAUGUACUGUAUAUAUUUUAUGUUUUAUAGAUGAAUGAAGAGAUGCUGUGUCAAGAGUUUGGCCGCUAUGGACCACUGGCCAGUGUGAAGAUCAUGUGGCCGAGGACAGACGAGGAGAGGGCAAGGGAGAGGAACUGUGGCUUUGUGGCUUUCAUGAAUAGGAGGGAUGCUGAGCGAGCACUCAAAAAUCUCAAUGGUACAAAGCUUUGAUAGCUUUUUUAAUUAGAUUGUUCAAUAAAUUGUUUUUCCUCAUUUAAUUUAUCAUAUUUCCUCCCUUUACAGGAAAGAUGAUCAUGAAUUUUGAGAUGAAAUUGGGAUGGGGCAAAGGUGUGCCCAUCCCACCUCACCCUAUCUACAUCCCUCCUUCCAUGAUGGAGCACACUCUCCCACCGCCUCCCUCCGGCCUACCUUUCAACGCACAGCCCCGGGAGAGGCUAAAGAACCCCAAUGCUCCCCUGCUUCCUCCGCCUAAAAACAAGGAGGAGUUUGAGAAGGUAACUCAGCAUGUCAGCUUAGGAUGUUCUCAUGCGUUAUUGCAGUGUUUUUCUUAUUUCAUCUGGUAAGAUGUUAGCCUGUGUACAGAUCAGUCAGGGCAGAUGUGAAUCCAAGUAAGCAUACAUGAUAGUUUAUGUCUUGAGUUAAACUAGUUAUGAUCUGUGUAGAAGUGUGGGUGUACUGUUAAAUGAAAUGUUAGUGUGGGAAAUGCUCAGACGUGUUAAUCGUUUAGUGGAUAGAGUGUCAGGCGUGUUUGGCCUUUUAGUCAAACUGACAGCAGUAAAGGAAAGUUGUUGUCUAUUUGCACUUUGAAAAUGCAUUUUUUAUAUUUUCACCUGUUGCCUUUUAACAAUACUCACAUUCUAUGUUUAUUAUCUGAUGUGACUUCAUAUACAGACUCUGUCGCAAGCCAUAGUCAAAGUGGUUAUCCCAACAGAAAGGUACAUGUUUUUCUUUUUUUAAAAUUGGUGUAAAAACUUAGAAAACUAAACAUCCCAUAAUGAAGCUAAAAGUUUGAUCUGUUGAUCACUGCAUGCUACAGGGGGCUGGUCAGUAUGGCUGAGCAAUGGUUGAGACUACUGUACAGUUUCAUCAUAUUAGUAGGUAGAAUAAUACACUCUGACAGGUUUUUGUUUUGUUUGUUUUUGCUCUUUCACACUCUACCAUCACUCAUAUUUCCUUUCAAAAUGUAACAAACACACCAUUAUAGCUGGUUUGUAAUGUGCUUUAGAGCCAAACAUCAUGAUUUAGUCCAUCACAGCUCAUGCAUCAACAUUGAAUUGUGUUGUUCAUAGCUACAUGUUACUUGGCCGCAUACAUAGUGUGCUGAUUCUAGACCUGUAGUAGACAAAACCCGCUCUCUGACCAUUGCUCACUCACACCGUCUACCCCCUUGGCCUCUGUCACUCUAUUGGGCGCUCAGUAAAUCUGGCCCCCAUGCCAACAAAUCCAAACCUGCCAGCAUUAGUUUAUAUAUGACCUUUGACAUUGGCCUUGGUGAGCAGCACAAGUUGAACUGUCUGCAGCAGCGAGGGACCUGAAAAGCCUCAUGGGAUGGAUUGGGAAAGUAUACAGAAUUUUACCCCGCCAUUGGUACGAUCGGCUCCAAUACAAGUAAAUGUGAUCUGUGUUGUCAAAUGAAAGACAUCCUCUGUCUUGUUGGCCACUUGAGGCGAAUUGUAUGCAGCCUGCACCAUGUUUACCUCCAAAAAUUUGUCACAGAAGAGCUUUAGUGACCCCCCCUUUGCACUGUAUUCAGUCAUUCCAGACUCCACCAGUAGAUAUAACAUGUUUAGUAAAUUUAGGCCAACAAUCCUAUACUGCUUUGGUUCUUCCUCACUUCAUAUUGGCCAGGAGAUGAGUGGGAUUCAAAAGACACUGUGCUGACUGACCUUUCAGACAAUGCAGUGUCUUUGCAGUGUGUCGCUCUCACUUUCCCACAUUUUUCAGCUUCACUUUUUGUGAAAUUUGAAGGACGAUUUCAAGAUCGGGUCCAGGCAGUGUUAUGUAAUGCAAACCUGAAGCAUUGUAGCUUUAAAGAGAACAGGCAUGUAAUUGAAUGAAAUAAUGCACAGUUGAACAUCUUUCUUUACUAUUGCUGUGAGCUUUUUAAAGAAUAAAUUCAUUACGAGUUAGUAUGUUUGAAUAAAACAUCAUCUGUUGUCAUUUAAAGUAUUGAUUUUGCCAGCAUUGAUGUGUAACAAUGGCUUAGAGGCUUAGAGGACACAGUUAUGUUUAAUUUAUGCUUGUUCAAAUAAAGCUCUUUGACAGUUGUCUCUUUAUAUCAAUAUGACAUUAAAUGCUCAACUUGAGAUGAAGAAAACUGUGUUGAUCACAGAAAUAGUCAAACCCUCUUUCAAAGUAGAGCCACAGCAGGGCUUGACCCACCGACAUGAUCUAUCAUGAGACAACUGAGUUGAGCUAAAACCGCCAAGCAUAAAUUAAAGCAACAGACACUUUUUUUAGUGGUCAAGGGUCCGGCCAGUCUGAAUCCGUUUGCUUUAACUGUGUUUUUCUUGUAGGAAUUUGCUCUCUCUCAUCCACCGAAUGAUCGAGUUUGUGGUGCGUGAAGGCCCAAUGUUUGAAGCCAUGAUCAUGAACAGAGAGAUCAACAAUCCCAUGUACAGGUCAGUUCAGCUGCGUAUCAGAUAUGUUCCAACUCAUACUGAUUUAGUAGGUCUUUGCAAUUCUUUGCUUAUUUGAAUGUAUUUAUAAUGUUCUAGGUUUCUAUUUGAGAACCAGAGUCCAGCACAUGUAUACUACAGAUGGAAGCUCUACUCCAUACUACAGGUUUGAAUCUUAAGCGUUUUCAAAUAAUGUAAUGAGUGCAGAGCAUCAAAGACAUCCAUUAUGUUUCUGUAUCAUGACAUUAACUCUAAAUGUUAUUCUCUCAGGGUGAAGCACCAGCUAAAUGGCGAACAGACGACUUUAGGAUGUUUAAAAAUGGCUCUCUGUGGCGCCCGCCUCCUCUUAAUCCAUACCUACAUGGUCCCUAUGAUGAUGGUGAAGAGGAGGAGGAAGAGGAGGAGGGCAGCAAGAAAGGCUGCUUGAAAGAAGAGUAAGGCGGUUUCCCUUCAGAGUUUUGUUAUGCUCUUAGUCACAAAGUGCAGUUUGUUUGAAAAUCUGCGAUCGACUCUACAGUGAGCGAGACAAACUGGAGGAGAUGCUGCGGGGUCUGACCCCAAGGAGAGGAGACAUAGCAGAGGCCAUGCUGUUUUGUCUGAGCCACGCUGAAGCAGCUGAAGAGAUUGUUGAGUGUAUCACAGAGUCCCUAUCCAUCCUGAAGACCCCGCUUCCUAAGAAGGCAGGAUAUAAAGAUGACUACAAACAUGACUCACUGUCUGAGGAAAACCUUUCAGCAAAACUUUGACAAAUAAUUCUCCUUUACAUUUCAGAUUGCACGGUUAUAUCUAGUGUCUGAUGUGCUGUACAACUCUUCUGCCAAAGUCUCCAACGCGUCUUACUACAGAAAAUAGUAUGUUUUGUGUGAUUUUAGAUCAUUUCAUACAGCAGUGUCAGUUUAAAAAUGUGAUGCCCAGAUUACUUCUUCAACUGUUUUUGUUUACAGUUUUGAGGCAAAGCUCUGCCAGAUUUUCUCCGACCUCAAUUCUACUUAUAAAACAAUACAGGGCCACCUUCAAUGUGAAAACUUUAAGGUACCAAACAUCCAAACCCGGCUUAGUGAAAAGAAUCCUGUGUGGUAUCUAAACUGACCUUGUCUGCUUCCUGCUCUGUUGCAGCAACGUGUUAUGUCAUGUUUCCGGGCCUGGGAGGACUGGGCUGUAUAUCCAGACCCCUUCCUCAUCAAGCUGCAGAACAUCUUCUUGGGACUAGUAAAUCUGGCUGUAGAGAAGGAGCCAGUUGCUGUCCUCGUGGAGGUAAAAAAAACAUCCACCUCUCCUCAAAAUCCCUCCCAAUAACUUCUCUUUUAAAGCCUACCCCUUCAGUUCAGUCUCACUCAUUUCCGUCUGUCCUCUCUUUGGCUCAGUCUGAGCUAGUAGAGGACAUUGACGGGGCUCCAAUUGGAGAGUAUGUCGAUGGCACUCCACUGGAGGAUGUGGACGGGAUGCCAAUCGAUGCAGGGCACAUUGAUGGUGCUCCCAUUGACGGGGCCCCUCUGGACGACCUAGACGGCGUUCCUAUUAAGGCUUUGGAAGAGGACAUAGAUGGGAUACCCUGUGAGUAAUAGAAGCUGACACAGGAUUGUUGUAUUAAAGGCUUUCAUCGGCAUUAAUUGUUUUAAACAGCAGAGGGCGAUAUCUAACUUAAACUUAUGGAUGGGAACAUCACUACAUCUCUUUACACCUGUCGCUAAGUACAGAGAGAAAGAGUGGUACCAAGGGAGAGCUAACAGAUGUUUUUUUAUUGUUGCUUCGUCUUUUAGCUGUUUUAGCUCUCAGUCUCUGUGUGUGCAGAUUUAAAUAAACAUUUCUUAUUUCUGUUUUUUUCCAAAGUGGAUCAGUCAAAGGAAGCAACCUUCAAGGUAGCACCCUCCAAAUGGGAAGCAGUGGACGAGGCAGAGUUAGAAUCUCAAGGUCAGGCACCAAACUACUUUUACAAGUUUCAAAACAUUACAGACUUCCAGUUGAGUGCUAAAAGGAUUUUCCUGGAUCAGUUCCUAAACGUUUUCUUGUUUUCACCUUAGCUGUGACUACGUCCAAAUGGGAGAUGUUUGAGCAGCCAGAAGAAGCCAAAAAGUGAGUCUGGUUUAUGCUGGGUUGUUAAAUAAUAGUACACAGUACUGCAGCCUUUACUCAUGUUAAAAUAUGUUUCUGCAGGGACGAUGAUGACAGCGAUUAUGAUGACAGGAGCCCUCGUUCAGACGAUAAUCAAAGCUACUCCAACCCCGUCAGAGAUGAUUCCGAUUUCAAGGCCAAGAUGUCUGAAAUGAACGAGGAGAAACGCACCAAGCUCAGGGAGAUAGAGGUACUUGAUGAUUGGCGUACAUCGUGAUUUGAGAUGUUCUUUGUGCAGACAGAAUGUAGUACUUAAAAAAUCUGUCCUGUUCGUUAACUCAGGUUAAGGUCAUGAAGUUCCAGGAUGAGCUGGAGUCUGGGAAAAGGCCCAAAAAGCCUGGUCAGAGUUUUCAGGAGCAGGUGGAGCACUACAGGGACAAACUUCUACAAAAGGUAAAGAGCUGUUCUCUGCAGUUGAGGUGACAUGAAAUACUGAUCUGUUAGAAAAAAUUAUAAAAGGGUCACUUGUUGUGGUCCUUUUGUUCCAGGAGAAAGAAAAAGAGAAACUUGAACGGGAGAAAGAGAGGGAGAAGAAAGAGAAGGAGAAAGCUGAAGCACGGUUAAAAGACUUGAAAAAGGAGAAAGAGAAAGAAGACACACCAACCAGGAAAGACAGGUGAGGUUGCUGGCUCACAGUCAGCUUCUCUAGUGUUCUUGGAGGUUGAUUUAUGAAAAAAAAAUUUUCGUUCAUUUCCGAUCUUAAAGCUAUUUGUUCUCUAUGAUCAACAGGAAGCGGCGCCACAGCGGAUCACCAAGCCCCACACGGAGCAGCAGCAGGCGAGGCCGGUCGUCUUCACCCCGUUCAGAGCGAUCAGAAAGAUCAGAACGCUCUGACCGCUCUUACUCUAAAGACACAUCCUCCCGCUCUUCACAUAAAGACUCUCCAAGAUCCAGCAACAAGAAGUCCUCAAAGAGGUGAGGCUGUCUGCUUAGUUCUUCUCCUCAUGUUGUAAAAAGGGUUUCAUUGAUUGCACUUGGAUUAGCAUAAUUGAUGGAAUAAAAUGCUUUAUGUUCGCUAGAUCUCCCUCACCUCGCACACCCAAAAGAUCCAGGCGGUCACGCUCCAGGACGCCCAAGAAAUCAACUAAGAAGUCUCGCUCUAAAUCAAGAUCACCUCACCGGUCUCACAAAAAAUCAAAGAAGAGCAAACACUGACACCUUUUUUCCUCCAGCCUCCAAACCAGCCUACUUUCCUCCAUCCCUGUCACCCCUUUUCUGCACCAUGUUGUAAAAAAAAGAUGGACUCAUCCAGCAGCUGAAGAUCUCUGCCCUCAAGUUAACGUCAGACAAUGAGUGAAGGGUCCUGCAUGGGUUACCAUCUGGUGUAUCAAAUGGAUGGGGCCAUUGCUGUUUUAUAUUGUACAAAAUAAUAAUGUGCUUGUGUGUCCUGAUUCCCCCAUCACCUCACAAUGGAAUUCAUCCAUGUGGUAGACCACACCUGUACUGAGUGUGAUGACUUUAAUCAUAUUCAUGCUGUCAUUUUCUGUUUUUGUAGUUCACAUUAAAAGGACUUCCUAAUAAA